UUUUCUGACUUUUUAAUGUUGUGCAAAUGAAAUAAGUAAUAACCUCAAAACUGAUUCUAAAUAUUUUCUUACAUUGUUAAUAUUAUAUGCAAUGUUUAAGAAUAACAUAUAAUAUAACAUAAUUUUACUAUAACAAAAUGAGUUUAGCUUUAAUAAAUGCCAUAAGAAAACUUAAUAUUUCAGCCGUCUCGCAGAUUCGGUUAUGCUCAUCAGGAUCUACUGAAGUUUCUAAUAUAAAUAAUAUCAAUAAUAGUGAUUUAAACGUGACACAAAAGGAGUGGAAGUUUCCACCUCAAUACACCAAACCACGAGAAGUAUGGAUCGAAAAUUUAGAUUCGAUUGACGAAAAAAAACUGGGCCUUUUCGAAUUACAUCCUUUAGUGUACGCUGUUCUACCACGUAUAGAUAUCAUUCACAGGAAUGUUAUAUGGCAAAGGAAAUUCCGAUGGGUGUCAUGGGCUCAUACGAAGACGAGGGCUGAAGUCAAUGGUGGUGGUAGAAAACCAUGGCCACAGAAAGGGUUAGGGCGUGCACGCCAUGGAUCCAUUAGAUCGCCAUUGUGGAGAGGUGGGGGUGUUGCUCAUGGACCACGAUCUGGCAAAACACAUUUUUUUAUGCUUCCAUUUCAUUUGCGUAUCCAUGGAUUAACCUCAACCUUAUCUGCAAAAUUUGCCCAAGAUGAUUUACAUGUUGUAAGGAAUCUAGAAUUACCUACUGAGGACCCAGAAUAUUUAACGGAUCUAAUAGAGAAAAGAAAUUGGGGUCCUUCGGUAUUAAUAGUUGAUGAGAGUGAUUAUGCACCUCGAAACAUAACAGUGGCAACAGAAAACUUGCCACAUGUCAAUAUAAUACCCUUUUAUGGACUCAAUGUAUAUUCUAUGCUAAAGCACGACACCCUUAUCAUCACUCAAAGAGCUGCAGAGAGAGUUGAAGAAAAGAUUUUACAACAUCUUCAUUCAAAUACAAUGCAACAACAAGCCAAGUUCAAAUUAAAUCAAGUGUAGAGUUUUAAAUAAAGUAAUCUAGAAAGUUA